AUGACAAAAAGAGAAAUCUCUCCAGGUCGAACUAUUCAUAGAAUUGAUUUAACAUUACCUAUUGUUCAAAGAGAUGCUUAUGAAAUCUUCUGUUCAAUACCUUCAACCCAUAAUCUACGUACAUUAUGUCAAAAACCAUUUGUUGAUAAUGAUAAUAAUAAAAAGAGUGCAAAUUUACCAACAAGAAAUCGUUGUUCAGCUCGUCUUAAACAUCUACUCGGUCCUCCAUUUGUUAAUUUAUUUAUUGAUGUAAACACAAUGACAGCUGAAACAGUAUCCACAAUAACUGAUACUAUAUCAAAUCCUAGUUAUCGUAAUCGAGUAUUAAAAAAUCUACCAAAAAUCAAUAAACAAAAACAUCUUAAAGAUGAUGGUGAUCAAUCUCGAUCAUCAGCAGAUGAUAGGCUUCUUUAUGAAUCUAUUGGAUCAUUUGAUGAUCAAAAUAAAUAUAAAUCAAAAAAUAAUAAUAUGUGGCAAAAUAUUCAUCAUCCACAAUUAACAACAACAAAAACUUUACAUACACGACGAAUGUCAAAACGUUCAUUAUGUUCAAAUGAUUUACAAUCAAAAGUAUCAUAUACAGCAUCACUAGAUAAUCUUUCACAACUUUCAACUACAUCAAAUAUUGAACAAUUAUAUGAACGUAUUGAACAAUUAACAAAAAAUUAUUUUCCAACAAUACGAAAAAUACGUCAUAGUCGUCCAACGCCGGAAUUAAUUAAUAAUCGUAUACAUUUACAUCGUGUACAAGAAAAAAAUCCUAUGCCAGUUUUAUCUCGAACACGUGCUGUUCAAUAA